UGGGUCACGUAUUGACAAAUUUAUUAGAAGAUACACAAUAUUUUUUGGGGAAGCAAAUUGGAAGUUUUUAUAUAGAGCUGCACUUUAUCUUUUUCUUUUUGUUACAUAUGAUUUCCAUGAAACCAUUAACCCAUAAGGCAAAAGGUCUUUGAAUUCUUCGCUCAGAGCUAAAUUGCUUCAGCAUCCGUCAGAUUGUUUUGGAUUCGAAUGGGCUUUUUCAACUCCGGUAGUACUAUGUUCGUCGACAAGUCCAUAAAGAAGAUCAAAGCUCUUCAAAAGGAUAUAGUCAAGUUAAACAACUCGAUUGAGGGUGUUGCAACAUCUGAGGAAUACUGGCUGGACCAGGCUGCCACAUCGCUUGCGGUAUCUCGCAAAUACGGGGGGAUAUACGAACCGUUACAUUUGGAAAGAAAGGAGAAAGCCGAAAAGGAAGCUAAAUACCAUGCCACUUUGCGGCUGUAUCUUCAAAAAGAAUUGGGUUUCGUCGAAAGACUCCAACAAAAACAUAUUGAUAAAGCAUUGCAGCAUAGAGAUUUCACCACCGCCCAAAAGACUAGGCAAUUUUGUUUCUUCUUUAAUUUUACUUGUUUUUCUUCUUUUUAGACUCUUAUCUAUCUAUAUCUUAUGGUACUAUACCCCAAACAAAGAUAUAUUAUGUAUGAAUGAUUCGUGGAUUGAUGAAAUUUCCUAGACUCUAUGUCAAGUUACUUAUUUACUAUUUGCGUUGAUUCGAUCCCUGCCCAAAUUUCUUAACUUGGAGAAAGCUGAUACAUUAAUCAUAUAUAGUAGAGGACUAGAGGUAAAUAUAUUGGUCCUUCUUCUCCAUGUCAGAAUAAACUCAUGAUCUAUUGCUAAAGUCACCACUUUUCAUCAUCUGAAGGAAUUCCUUGUAAUUGACUCUACCAUCUCCAUCUUCAUCCACUUGCAUAAUCAUCUCUUUACAACAUUCUAGGGUUUUACCUUGCUUGAGCCCCAAGGAAGUCAUCACAGAAUUCAACUCCUCAACAGUGAUAAAUCCAUCACCGUCUUGAUCAAACACAUUGAACGCGUCUCUCAUGUCCCCUUCCUCCUUUUCCUCCACAAUCGAACCAUAAAGAGACUCAAACUCGUUUAUGUCUACACACCCAUCUCCAUUUGCAUCCAUCUUCUGGAUCAUCUGGAUCAGAUCUUUGUCAGGCAUAAAGAUUCCUAGAUUCUCUAGAGAAUCGUUCAGCUCUUCCUUUGUGAUGCGUCCAUCUCCGUUCUUGUCGAACAUCUGAAACACUCGUUUUAGAUCUACCGGAGAUUCAGUUUCCGAUUCAUCAGGCGGUGGUGGGUUCUUGUCGUCGAUGUACCAAGAAGGAGGGAAGAAAACUCUAAGCUUCUUGGGAACUAAACAAAGAAGAAAGGAGUUAAAGAGGUUGUAGAGAAGAAAGACUCUCACCAUAACUCUUGGCUUUGUUGAGAACAGAAAUGGAGAGAGUUUUUUUGAUAGUUUGGUAUACAGAGGAACUUG